UCCUUUUUCUUUUCUUUUGCGCUUUGAUCUCUCUCUCUCUCUUUUCCUCCCCCACAAAUAGGGUAACUACUCCAUCCAGUAGCAAGGAGUACUGCUCUGCUCUAACCACCACCCACGUCUCCCGUUCCGUUCCGUCCCGUCCCGUCCCGUCCCGUCGACUCCUUCCCCCGCGGCGGCGGCGGCGGCCGACCUCUCCAUUGCUGCUCCUCCUCCACCACUUUCUCCUCCGCCACGCCCGGCGUCGCGCGGGAAAGUAACAGAGAGAGAGAGAGAGAGAGAGAGAGGCUUCCUGCUUGUGGCUGUGGCGCUUCGGAUCCCCGGCCGUCGGGGCCUCCGGAAGGGAAUGUGGGACCCGAGCCGGCGGGGAUCCCCCUAGAGGCGCCUCGGUUCGACUGCGGCCGGCCAGCGACAUGGUGGAGGGCAGGAGCUAUCUCCCUGCAGAGGUCAGGAAUGGCCUCGAGACCUUGAAGCGGAGGAGACUCGAGAGAAUGCGUUUGAGUGCUCAAAGUGAGGCAGGUGACAAUCCUGCGCUGGCUGCAAGAAGUGGCGGGGAUGCCUUGCGGAGUCCUGCAAACUGCGGGGUCAGAUUGCAUUCGAACAAUGGUACAGGUUUUCCUGGAAAUGUUCAGGACAAGGAUCCUUUUGCAAAGCGCAAGGUGGAGAAGUUCGAUAUGUCCAACCUUGAAUGGAUAGACAAGAUACCAGAGUGCCCUGUGUAUUGUCCCACCAAGGAAGAAUUCGAGGAUCCCAUUGCUUAUAUACAGAAGAUUGCGCCAGAGGCUUCAAAAUCUGGUAUUUGCAAAAUCGUGUCUCCUGUAAGCGCUUCUGUUCCCGCUGGUGUCGUGCUGACGAAGGAACAGCCCAAUUUUAAGUUCAUGACUAGAGUUCAGCCCCUUCGUCUUGCUGAAUGGGCUGAAGAUGAUACAGUCACUUUCUUUAUGAGUGGAAGAAAGUACACAUUUAGAGACUAUGAGAAAAUGGCCAGCAAGGUGUUUUCUAAGAAAUAUUCCAGCGCUAGUUGUCUCCCAGCUAGGUACUUGGAGGAGGAAUUCUGGCGUGAAAUUGCUUUUGGCAAAAUGGAUUGCGUAGAAUAUGCUUGCGAUGUUGAUGGGAGUGCCUUCUCUUCUUCUCCUCAUGAUCAACUAGGGAAAAGCGACUGGAACCUCAAGAAUUUUUCACGGCUCCCCAAUUCUGUUCUGAGACUUCUUCAGACACCAAUCCCAGGAGUAACAGAUCCAAUGCUUUAUAUUGGGAUGCUCUUCAGUAUGUUUGCAUGGCAUGUGGAAGACCACUAUUUGUACAGCAUCAAUUACCAUCAUUGCGGGGCAUUUAAGACAUGGUAUGGGAUACCAGGCGAUGCGGCUCCUGGGUUUGAAAGGGUUGCUAGCCAGUAUGUAUAUAACAAGGACAUUUUGAUUGGUGAUGGAGAGGAUGCAGCAUUUGAUGUUCUACUGGGGAAGACAACUAUGUUCCCUCCAAAUAUCUUGCUAGACCACAAUGUUCCUGUUUAUAAAGCUGUACAAAAACCUGGAGAAUUUGUCAUUACUUUCCCUCGUUCUUACCACGCGGGCUUCAGCCACGGCUUCAAUUGUGGAGAGGCUGUUAAUUUUUCUAUUGGUGAUUGGUUUCCUCUGGGUUCGCUGGCUAGCAAGCGCUACGCGCUUCUGAACAGAACUCCAUUGCUUGCACAUGAGGAGCUACUUUGUCGUUCUGCUGUGCUUCUAUCCCAAAAACUAUUGAACUGUGAUCCAAAAUCCUCGGAUAAAUCAGAUCAUCCAUAUUCCCAAUAUUGUGUGAAAUCCUGCUUCGUGAGGCUGAUGCGAGUCCAGCGUCGUGCACAUGGCCUACUUACUAAAAUGGGUUCUCAAAUAUGCUAUAAGCCAAAAACAUAUUCAAAUCUGUCCUGUAGCAUGUGCCGGCGGGAUUGCUACAUUACACACGUGUUGUGUGGAUGUAACUUUGAUCCUGUUUGCCUACAUCACGAACAAGAAAUGCGGAGCUGCCCUUGUAAGUCCAACCGGAUUGUGUAUGUUAGAGAGGACAUACAGGAACUAGAGGCUCUAUCAAGAAAUUUUGAGGAGGAUAUCCGUUUCGAUAAGGAAAGAAGUACUGGCUCAUAUAACGAGGAUGAAAUUUUUGAUAUUAAUGCCGAGUCUGUCCCAAAUUUUGGGACUACACAGGAUUUAAGCAACAAUAAAGAUGCCAUUUCAGGCUCAGUUACUGCUGAUGAUGGAAAGAGUUCUCCUAUGGCAUUAAUUUUGGCAUCUUCUGAACAUCAUAAGGCACCGAGGCCUGCAGAAGCAAGGGUCCGUCCCACACAAACUGACCAGAUUUACUCCACUCCCAAGCAGGUCAUAAACACAUCGAUGAUCAAAGGAGCUUACACUGUGGACAAGAGUUCAUCCGGCAUGGAUGACGCUUGUAAUGAACUCGGUUCAUGUAAUGCUUCUGCCAUGGACUGCAGUGACAAUUCCGGUUCUGAAUCUGAAAUUUUCCGUGUCAAGCGCAGGUCCACCAUCUUUGACAAACCUGCUUCUGACACAAAGACAUCAAACUUGUCUGAACAGCAGGUUCUGAGGCGGCUGAAGAAGGUGCGUCCUGAAGUACAACGGGUCAGUAAUCGACCGGAAGAAUCUGGCAGUUCUGAUCAUUGUUCAAUCCGUUCUGUCCAUACGAGCCAGAAGAGCUCAAACUCUGCCUCUUCUGAUGAAGAAAGAGAGGACAUGGUUCCCAUUUCUAAGCGGCGGCAGUUGGCAACUCAGCAGGAUGAGACUAGUCACGGCCCAAAACCGAAGCGGUAUCCAUCUUCCACUUCCAGCAGUUCUCGAGAAGAGUUUGUGGAGCCGCCGACUAGAGAUGCAGCAGCAGAGCUCCGUCCAAAACGAGUGAAGAUCCGGCUACCUUGUAGCGCCAACAGACAGGUUGAGCAGCGCGGUUCUGGGCAGGGAUUUGCUAGGGAUGACAAGUCGCUUGGUGGUUGGCGUACAUUGUAGGGUAAUCGCUGACGCACAGAAGUUAACCUCAAGAGAUUAAUUCUUUGUUUAGGCGCAGUCUUGACUACACUGAUUAUUCAUUAGCACAGGUGCAGACUGACUUUAGAAUUGGCAGCAAAUGAAUCGAUUCUUUGUGCAGCAGGGCCUCCAAUUCGAGGCCCAGGACACGCACGCACGCUUACAGGACGGACAGACAGACAGACAGACAGAUAAUAUUCUUGUUGCUGGAGGUUCUCGGUCACAACCUGUGACGCAAGAGAGAACCUCGCGCUACCCUUGCUUGAUUCCUCUCUCUUCAAGUGUACGUCCUCAGCAUUAGCUUAGCUUAGCCUAGCCUAGCUGAGUAUGUAUCUCUCUAUUAUAGUAAUCUAUCUCUGUCUACGUCCUUGCCUUUUGUUCUUUCUUGUCAACAACCUUAGCUAACUGCAUUCUUUGGUUGCUUUAAUAACUCUUACCCUUACUUGGUGCUGGUGUUGCUUAAUUCAAUUCUUUCUUUCGGAUGUGACGUAUUGCUGCUGACGAAGUAUUCCAAUUCAAUUCAACAGUGAAUCAUUCCUUCUUUUC